AUUGGCUGCGCACGCGCAUUUCUCGACGCUUAUAGAACGUUUUAGACGCGCAGCGCGUAGAACGUUCCUUGCCGCUGCUUAGUUGGUGUAAUAAGUAACCUCUCCGCUAUAAGGUCUGACUGUAUUUCACUAUAUUUUUUUUCAGAUUCUGCGUUUUAGUCAAUAAUUUCGAAGUACAGUAGUUGAUUUAGUCGCAACGUUAAACAAUUUUAUAAGGGCAUGUAUACCCAUGCAUACCCGAGUCCGCCACCAUCAUUUGAAAAUCCUGGGUCGGCCUCUGCCUUAUUAUGUUAGCCCCAACCACGCUUUCAUGAAUGUUCCGCCGAGGCAAUGCAAAAAUUGAAGGUCACUGGGUUUGUGCGCAUAGCGUGUUUACGUCGGCUGCGCGCGCGCGUUUCUCGGUGCUUAUCGAACGUUCUAUAGACGGCCAGCGCGGUGCGCGCACGAGGCGAUUGUAGGCUGAUGUAAUAACAUAGCCGUGUGUGAUCAUUCCUGACGAUUCUUAGCAACGUUCGAUAAACCCAUAGUAUAAAACAGGCGUCGCUUCUAGAGACCUGUAGAUCAGUGGUCGUUAGUGAGACGCUCGGCUGUGUAGAUUUGUGCGGGGUGUACCUUAAUAUAUAUAAGCUCUCAGCAUGCAUGUCGUCGUUUUCGGUGAUGAACAGAGUGUGUCGCCCUACGCUCUUCCUGCGCCUGGCGCCUCGUCGAUGUCGUAAUAGCUGGUGGCCAGCACCUUUCGGCUGGCCACCGCGACCAAGUGCUGUGAUGAGAGACUUGGACAGGGAACUUCAGAGUAUGCAGCCGGACAUGAUGCGCUUUGAACGUCAGCUGUUCGACACUGACCGAUGGUUCUCUCAGGGACCGCUGAGUCUGCUGCGGAGUCAAUACCAACACCCAGCGCGAGCACAGCUGAUCGCCGAAAUCGUCGUAGAUAAGGAGGGCAAGAAGAAGCUUCAACUUCGCUUCGACGUCACCGGGUACGAGCCGGAAGAGGUCUCGGUCAAGGCACACGGAAAUCGCGUGAAAGUACACGCUAAACACGAGCACAAGAGUGAUUCGGAAACGAUUCACCGUGAAUUCACGCGCGAAUACACCCUUCCCGAUGGAAUCAAUCUAGCAGGUUUGAAGUCGAUGCUAACAGAGGCAGGAGAGCUUAGGGUAGAAGCACCAUAUCUAGCUACUGAGCCGCCAAAGGAAACAGAAAUUCCUAUCGUCAGAGAAGAACAAACUGAACAAGAUGGCGACAAAAAAAUCGAGUAAUAAAUCGCGGAAAAUAUAUCACCGGAAUACAAACAAUACAGUAACGAAAUAUGUCGUCACAUUAGGCGUGUGUGUAUAAUUUUUGAUGUAACACGAAUAGUGUUAAAUGUUGUGAAUAUUAUAAUAAUCGUUUGUUAUUUCUGCUCCACAUUAACUGUAUGUUAUUAAUUUUCGCAUGUGUGUUCGCGUGUGUGCCUGUGCGUAUGCGCGUAUCUGCGUUCAUGUGUGCGGGCAGGGGUGUUACAUAAUAUAUACCGGGAAAUAUAUAUAUAACAGACUAACUCGAAGAACAAACCGGUGUAGCUGGUUCUACUGCUAUAGAUGUAUGUCAUGUGUUGCUUCCAUAAAAUCUUAAUGAAAAAUAUUAAAAAUCGUAGAUCGGGAAUAUAACAAGUGCUGGAGUUUUGUUGUAAUAUUGUAAUAAUUGCAGUAUUGAUGUAAUAUAGCGCAGUUCUUUGCAAACUAUGAUACAUACUGUAACAUACAAACACAGCCAU